AUCUAAGAACUUUUGAUUCAUCCUGUAUCAAAAAUCUUCAAUCUACAUAUCGCAUUAAUGAAGUAGAAGUCGUCACUAUAUAUAUAUGUAUGUGCAUAUAACGAUCUAUCUAUACAUUAUACGUCAGCUUGAUCACGAGUUUUUAUCAUGAACAAAGGACAUCAAGAGAGCUCCCAGUCACCGGUUAUUACUCGUUGAUCAUUGAUCGUGUCGAAUGACGUUUUAACCAAUAACAUUCGUUAGCCAAGUAGAAAGAUAAUAUUUUAUAUAAGAGAAAUAUCGUAUGAUCAUAUAUGGUGUAUAUGUACGUAUAGAACGAAACUUGAAAAGACUUUAGAAACUGGUAUAAAACUGAAUCAAGUUGAUAUCGACAAAAUAAAAAAAGAUAAAAUUCAUGGUGAGAUUGGAAAAAAAGAUGAACAAAUGUUGGAUAAUCCUCAAAUAACGAGAGAUAUUAUUGGAGGUGUUCUGAAAGAAGAACAAUACGAAAACGAUGAGACGCGGCAAAGGAUUUAUAAAGAAACAAUAGGCAUCGAAGAGAGUAAAAAAGGAGAAAGAAAGUCAAUAGAAAAAUAUUUACGUGAAAAAGGACUCAGUACUAGUCUUAUCAAAUCUGUAUUAACUAAUGGAUUCACCGACGAAUAUAUCAGACUUUUAAAAAGUUUGCAUAUUACCGAAGAUGAGAUAGAAUAUAUGAAAUCGACUUAUCAGAUGGAAUUAAAUGAUUCAACGAGUUCCAUUAAAUCGUAUUCUUCAACUUCAUCCGACUAUUACUUGUCAUCUGAUAGUCUUUAUUUAAAAAAUUUAUUAAGCAAAGCUUUAACUCGAGCUCUUCCUGAAAUUGCUUCGAAAAAACCAUAUGAUCCAAUUGAAUAUCUUGGACAUUGGUUACUUCAUUUAAAGAUUUCUGAAGAACAAAGGAACAAGCAACGUGAAUUCGAAUUAGAAUUAAUGAUUGAAAGAGAAAAAUAUAAGAUGAUGAUGAUAGAGGAUCAAGAAACUAUGAGUAUUGAAAGCAGAGGAGAAGAAGAAUUAAUCGUAGAUACUAACUUUAUAAAUUAUACGAGUAAUUAAUAUCGAUCGUUUAUCUCUUUCUCUCUCUCCCCCCCUCUCUCUCUCUAUACUUCUGUCGAUAUUUUAUUUUAUAGAUAUAUUAAUACUGUAACUAGUA